AUGUCUAUACGGGCCAUGUCUACAAAUGAGUUUGGCUCUCCAAGCAAUAUGAAGAUGGUAGAGCCAUCUUUAGGUUCUGUUAAUAAGAGAACCUCAACAGCAAAACAAGGAGCACUUAUUAAGAAUGUCUCUGGCCGAAGAUUACCUCACUCUUUUAAUCAAAUGAAUAUUCAACAUCAACUCAAUGUUCAUACAGCAAAAUUUGGAGUUAUUGAUGAUGACGAUGAAGAGGAACAGGAAAAGAAGGUUGUAAAGAAAAAGUCUAAACUGAAAAAAGAAGUACCUAGAUUGCCUUCCGAAGAGUUAGCUUCUUCAAGUUACCUCAAAUCACGAUUAAGUCCAAUCAAUCACGAGUCGGAACAAUUAAGUGGAAGAAGUAGUGCUUCUUCUGUCAGUUCUAGGUCUCACAUUAAUCCUCUAUUGACUCCAAUUUUAGAUGAAGAUUUUAAAAGAGAGAGAUUUGAGGAAACAUUAAACAAAUCACUUAAAGAAAAGAGUUUUGAAGGUGAGCGAAAAUCAGGACUCAGUUCUUUGAGGAGCAGUAAUGAUAUGGAUCUUGCUCCAAUGUCGACAAGAAAGAGGGAUGAAGAGUUACAGAGAUCUACAUUGGAACCAAUCAAGAGACCUCUUUCCAGAACAUCGGAUUCAAAAUUGUUGGGAGCAAGCGUAACAACUACCCAUUCUAAUAGAGCCAAACUGUGCAUUCAAUCGUUGGCUGAGGGAUAUGUAGAUGCUUUUGAGGAAUUAUUCUUAUUGGCCCAUAGAGAUCCAGUGCUUGUGGAUGAUAUUACAGAUACCUAUUUUACGUUAACGGACGAUAGACUCAGAUCUAUUAAGGAAAUGCUUGUGAAGGCAGAAUCUUAUAAGAGAAGAGGAAAAUUCGAAAAGGUUUAUGAUAUUUUCAAACAAAUUGCAGACUAUUUUGAAUCAGAAAGAGAUUAUAAUACAAUGUACUAUUUCUAUGAAUUGGGUGAAAAUACAGCAAGGAGAUCUUCAAAUUCACAAUUAGAAGGACUAUCAAAGGAAAAUGCUGGUAAAAUGUAUGAAAGAAUGGGGAAGGUCAACAUGGCUGUUAAAUAUCACGAAGCUCAUAUGAGUUUAGCUCACUCAGCAGGCGAUCAAGUCCAAGAGGAGAGAGCAAUCAAUCAAUUGUGGAGAGUGUACAUGAAGAUGGGAGAGGAUUCAGAAAAUCAAUCGGAUCUUCAUAACGCUUGUCUUUUCUAUGAAAAGAGUUUAAAGAAUGCAAAAAUGCUGAAAGAUAAGGAAAUGAUUUCCAAUUCUUUAUUCAAAUUGGGAAAUGUAUAUAAAUCUCUACAGGACUUUGAGAAGGCAAUUGAGUACCAACAAAUGUAUACUACCGUAUGUGAAGACAUUGAGGAUAAGAAGGGAAAGUCAGAUUCAUUUUGUGCUUUGGGAGAGCUUUAUGAACAAACAAACGAAAUCGAUAAGGCAAUCGAAACAUAUAAUCAAUUUUUAUCUAGUGCAGAAGAAGCACAGGAUGAUGACAGAAUUGGUACAGCAUGUAUUAAACUUGGUAUGGCCUUGGGGAGUAAGGGCCAACAUGACGAAAGUAUCGCCUUUUUUGAGAGAAGUUUUGAACUUGCCAAGAAAACCAAAGAUAAUGCCAAGAUUGGUGAAGCCAAAGUGAGAUUGGGUUUUGCAAAAGGUAACGCCUCGAUGCAAAAACACAUGAUGUCUCUGAAUAAAAACUUUUAA